UUUUUUUCGGUUCUGGGAUUUGGCGAUAGCUUCAAUUCCUACUUCCAUCUUCUUCCAAGAUCCUCCUCGCCGUUGUGAUCCCUCGAAGCGCAGACAACGGGGCUAUCCUACCCACCCAGGAUCCCCCCAAAAAUCAGAAUCCGCCGAAUUUUUACUGUCGAGUCCGAAUCGAGAGCCCGGCAGGGGGCCCAUCGCGCACACACACAUAGAGCCAACAAAUCUCUCUCUCUCACACUCUCUCGCCAAGAUGGGUAUUGCCAAUGUAGUCAACAUGUGCUCGCACGUAACAAAUGCGUCGCGGGCACGUCUAGGCAUAACCUCGGUCCCGCUCACAAAAUACAACCUCAACGUCGCGCUCGUCCUGCACCGGAUGGGCUGGAUCUCCUUCGUCACGCGCGGCGGGACCCGCCCGCCGGACCCGGCCACGAUCACGACCUUCGAGCCCGAGCCCCUGACGACCGCCAACGUGGCCAAACAGCGCCUGUGGCUCGGCCUCAAGUACAACGCCGGCGCCGGCGGCCGGCCCGUCCUCGGAUACAUGACCCCCCUGACCACCCCCAAGAAGCCCCUCAACCUGAAGCUGAACAAGCUGCAGCGCCUCGCCCGCGGUCUCGACGCCCAAGGCUACCGCGGCUUGAACCUCGGCGAGUCCAUCAUCCUCACCACCGACGCGGGUACCCUGGAUAUUCGCGAGGCCGUCGAGCGCAAAGUCGGUGGUCUUUUGCUAUGCCGGAUCGGCCCGUGAUCCGUCGUCUGGAUUCGAUUCACUUGGACGAUGCUCCGUAACAGGUAGUUGUCUACCUAAGGUACCUGGAGUUAGCAACGGGGAGUUUUACGUAUAACAACUUGUCUGCGCACUCGGAGCGGGGAGGAUGAUAUAUCAAGGGUGAGGAGAGGUGAAUAUCGACAGAAUUCGUCUCGUUCGAAAGGGGUUAGGAGAGGGUCUGGUCUACGAGAUGAUGAGCACAUACUCCGCAUCUCAAAUGAUGUUUACGGAGUCUCGGCAAGACACGCUAUACAUAUGGUUUCGACCGUUAGAGGCCGCCUGCACGGCGGCCAACGUUCGGUAGACAAGAUGUAAAACAGGAUACGCAGGCGGAAAAUGGUAGAGGGGCUUCAUGUACAUAAAAUAAGCAGAAAUGGACGCCAAUUAUUCGUCUGCGUACUUAGUUGUAUUAUACAUACUCGCAUAUCAUAAAUUAUCCGAUUUGACAAACUGCAA